AUGUCCGAAAAGGCAAAGCCUUUUGGUUUAGAAAUCAACUGGGACAAAACGAAAAUUCUGGCAAUAUCUCUGAGCGAUUCGGCACCUGCGUCUGUCUCUGUGCUGGGUAAUGACGUACAGAUUGUGGAUUCGUUUUCAUAUCUCGGCUUCCAAACAGCAUGGUCAACUACUGGUGCUGAUUUGAAGAGGCUAGGCGCUACAGAUCAAUGGUGCUUGCGCAGGAUCCUUCCUAUGACUUACCGCGAUCGCGUCACCAACGUUGAGUUGAGAAGAACACAGCAGCCCUCCGUUUCCUCACUUUUGUUCAGACGUCGUCCAAACCUCUUUAACCACAUAGCUCGUGCCAGUCCAAUGAAGGAUCAUUACCGGGCUAUAUUAGCUGUCAUAGACCGACCGCCACCGGAAUGUACUCGACGGCGCGGCCGUCCAAAACACUCAUGGAUCCGUUCAGUGGAGAAGAACCUGUUACUCAUCAACUUCGGUCCUACUCGGCCUGGAGAUUUGCUCGUGAUCGCUUGA